ACCCUACCCUAUCCGUCUCCGCUUGCUUCUCCUCCUCCCUCUCCCCUCCGCUCCUAUAUCAGCCACCGCGACGACCCCCUCGAGAGGCCACCGCGACUAUCUCCACCGACCGCAAACCACAGAGCACCCGUCGUAGUCCGAGCGAGAGGAUUCGCGUCUGCGCGUCGGCGAAGAAGGUCGAGGAGGAGCAGCGCCCAUGGAUCGCUACCAGAGGGUCGAGAAGCCGCGGGAGGAGGCGCCCAUCGGCGCCAACGAGAUCCGCAUCACGGCGCAGGGCCGCACCCGCAACUACAUCACCUACGCCCUCGCCCUGCUCCAGGAAGAAGCCACAGAUGAAAUUGUUAUAAAGGCUAUGGGAAGGGCUAUCAACAAGACAGUGGCCAUUGUGGAGCUUCUCAAGAGAAGGAUUGCUGGUCUCCAUCAGAAUAACUCCAUUGAAUCAAUCAAUAUAACUGACACUUGGGAGCCGUUGGAAGAAGGCCUGAAUGUACUCGAGACUACUCGCCAUGUUUCCUUGAUUACCAUUACCUUGUCAAAGAAAGAGCUGGAUACAUCGUCUCCUGGUUACCAGCUACCGAUACCAGCUGAUCAGGUCAGGCCACCAACAGAAUUUGAUCAGGAUGCAGAGGACGUGCCAAGUGGCCGUGGAAGAGGCCGUGGUCGCCGGGGAAGGGGCAGGGGAAGAGGAGGGUUCAGUGAUGGAGGGGCAGAUUAUGAUGAUGAGAAUGGAGACAUGGAAGGUCCACGGGGAUAUCGUGGCAGAGGGAGAGGAAGGGGUAGGCGUGGGUCCUUUGGGCCUGGAAGGGGUUAUGGUGGUGAUGGGUAUGGCUAUGUAAAUGAAGAAGCUGGUGGGUAUCAUGGCAUGGAGCAUAAUGGGCCUCCUGUGCAAGGAUAUGAGGGUGAUGGAGGAAGGGGCCGUGGUCGAGGCCGAGGUCGUGGACGUGGCCGUGGACGCGGUGGGGGUCGUGGCCGUGGACCAUUUCCUCAAGGAUCUCCUCAAGAGUAGAUUGGCUGGCCCAUCGACUGAAUGCGACAAGUCUCAUCUUUGCUAGAUUAAUGGCUGUUGUAUCUGGUUAGGUUUAUGUUUAAAGUUGAUAGAGUGACUCAGUGUGGGGGGGAUGAGGCUAGUUAUGAUUUUGUAGCUAGGUUAAUUCUUCCAUUUGCUUUCAUAUACCAGACCUGGUUAUCAUUCCAACUGUGCAUUGUAGCAUCCUGAAUGUGUUUAUCAUUAAAUCUAGCUCAGAAAAUUUGUUUA